CUCCCUGGCCUCUGCACGCAUUUGUCCGGGUUUUCCAGCUGAUUUGGUUUUCCGAGCUGGAGUAGGGUUAUUAGGGUUGAUUUGGUUGAAGCUGCUUUCAUCUUUGUUGCUCGUGCUGAUUUCCGACGGCUUCUUGAUCUUUCCUUCUUUUUCUUCCGAGGGGCGCUUUCUUGCUGAAUUUUGUGCUUUUAGGGAAGAUGGAUUAGGUGCGUUCGAGGUUCAAUUUUGCUGAAAGGUUCUAAAAUGAAUAGCUUGCCAAAUGAUAGCGACAAGAGAAUGAUACCAAAGGACCAGAUCGACUCACCAUCAAUUGAAGAAGGCAACAGUUCAGGUUCAUUGAAUGGAGGAAAUCAGGUUUUGAAGAAGGGACCCUGGACUUCUGCAGAGGAUGCAAUCUUAGUUGACUAUGUUAAAAAGCAUGGCGAGGGAAACUGGAAUGCUGUUCAGAAGCACACAGGACUUUCUCGAUGUGGCAAAAGUUGUCGUUUACGCUGGGCUAAUCAUCUCAGGCCAAAUUUAAAGAAAGGUGCCUUUACACCAGAAGAGGAGCAAUUGAUCAUUGAACUCCAUGCUAAGAUGGGAAACAAAUGGGCUCGGAUGGCUGCAUAUCUGCCUGGCCGCACUGAUAAUGAGAUAAAGAACUAUUGGAAUACACGAAUAAAAAGACGCCAACGUGCUGGUUUGCCUCUUUAUCCUCCUAAUAUAUGCUAUCAAGUUUCUUGUGAAAAUCAACAAAGCAAUCAUUCUAGUGAUUAUAGUUACAAUGAGAAACAGCCUGAUGAGUUCUUGCAAGGAGGCAACUUAGACAUUCCUGAUAUUGUAUUUGACAACUAUACCAAUAAUGGGUCUUUAUCCUAUGCACCAUCAUUUCCGGAUAUAGCAGUUAGUAGCAUUCUAAGUCACAGGUUUGGGUUUCAGAACUAUGCGUUGCCAAAUCCUCCAGUGUGUUGUGUUGAGCGUCCUGUUGAGACUGAACACGUAGUCCCUGCUUCAAAUGGUACUGUUAAUGGUGGGUGUCCUAGAUUGGAUAAUGUUAUUUUUGAGCCUUCAGGAAAGAUGCAAGAGUCAUUUGGAUUAAGUUGUCUCUAUGAUCCUGAUUCCAGCAGUGAUAGUCUGGCACAUCAUGGAGGUGCAAUCCCUGGUAGCUGUGCUUCUCUAAAUGAUACCUUCUCUGCUUCUAGUCUCAUUCCUGGGACUCUGAAGUUGGAGCUCCCUUCACUCCAAUAUACGGAAACUGAUAGUAAUAGUUGGCUUGCAUGUUCAUCCACACCUUUUGAUUUAGUCAAUACAUAUGUCAAAUCUCCCCCUACUGCCUCAUUGCAAACUGACUGUGUUUCACCAAGGAAAAGUGGUCUGUUGGAAGCAUUGCUACACGAAGCGCAUGUAUUAAGCAGUGCAAAGAAAGAACCCUCUGAGAAGAUCUCAAUUUCUUUUAUCACACCAGCUGAGUUGGCAGAUGGUCCAAAGUUAAGUAUCAAUGAUUUGAAAUUGGUGGAACACAAAGAUCCAGUUUCGCCCUUGGGUCGUUCUGCUGCUUUUGUAUUCAAUGACGGCACCCCUCUGAUCAGUGGCAAUUUGUUAGAUGAGUUUCCACAUCCUCUGGCUCCUUCAAACUUAGACAGUAUUUUGGUGGAUGCUGAACAUGUUUCUUCUCCCAAUUUGGGGGAGCAAGACAUUUCACACUGUAGAGAUUCCUUUAGGCCUGAUGCUUUACUUGGAUCAGCUUGGCUUGAAAAUAGCUCUCAAAAUGCAAUAGACCAUUCUGUCUUCAAUGAUGCGAUAUCAAUACUUUUGGGUCAAGAUAUGUGCAACGAGUACAAACCUGUACCUGCUGAAACAUCAUCUGGAGUCAUGCAGGGAUUUGGGCUCGAUUCGUACCCGUGGAAUAAUAUGCCUAGUGCAUGUCAGAUGCCCUAAACUUCCUUGAGGUCUUUUGCAGCACAUUCUUCAAAACUUAUUUACAUUUCAGACAUUUUUCUUUCUUGAAGAAUUGCCAGGAUAGAGAUUUCCAAAGCUAUGUGUAUAAAUUCCUGUUACUUCCUAUGUUUCCGUCCGUCCAUCGAGGCAGGUCAACUUGUUUGCUUGGUUGCCAAUGACACUUACUGGUAGACUAACUGUUGUUUCUAUCUCCAAUUGUUAUAGUUCAAUAAAAAUUCUGGUUAGGGUAUCAACUGUAUCUGGGAGGCCUGAGGAUUGGUUUAUGUUCCGUUUGUUGUUUGUAUGCUGUUGUAACACCCUAUUUUCUCAGAUGAUCAGUCAGAUAUGGGAAUUCUUGUUUGUUUUGAAACUAUUUCAAAUUUAA